UUUUUUUUUUUUUUUUUCUUGUAAUUUCUGUAAAUUGAAUUUUCUUUUUGGCUAAAACUGUUUGGCCUUUUUAUUUUUUUUUCUUCUGUUCUUAGAAGUGGAGCUUGACAUUCUCGUUCUGUGAUGGAUCAUUACCAUAGGGGUCUCCUCAUGAGGCAGUGCUGAUACAAUUUGGCCGAGGGAAGCGAUCCGCGAGUGAGUAGUUAGCCCGGGUCCGGGCGCGGUCGAGAGGUGCGACGACGGGGUUUGUUGGCGGCGUUGCAGUAGGAAGGGAUGUGAACGUUGCGGGGUUUUGGUAGGAUUGAGGCAAGGGAGCUGGAGAAGUUUGCGGGGAUGUUUUGAGUGUGGCUGAGAGAGAGAGUGUGUGUGUGGCUAAGGUUUUGUGUUUCUUCGGGGAUUUGGCGUGGCGAUUUAGGGGUCGUUUGUGCGGCGAGGUGUGAUUUGUGCGAGAGUCUUUUUGGUGAAGUUUGAGAACCUAUCCGGGGGUAUGCGCGAUGUGAUUUGGACGGAAGUUUCUUGCCCAUCACAUGGAGCUAUGGAGUUGCGGAGAUAUGCUGUGGUUGAUGUUACGGUCGUUGAAGCUUGAUUGCAUGCUCGUUUGAUUGGAGUUUGGGAAGGGGGGGUUAAACGACCUGGUCAGCGUCUUGGUGUGCCGCACAUUCGUCCGUUUUUUUUAUUCUCGUAGAUGCGGCGGUGGAUUCUCUGGUAGGCAAGAAGUUUCAUAUUCCGGUUGGAGCCUUGAGUGUGGACGUUGCUUUUUCAUUCAGGGGCUUGAUCGUUUCGUCUCUACUUUGAGGGAAUCGUAGUUGCUGCUGGCGAAGGUCCUUGUGAUCUCUUGGUGUGCCCCCGCGUUCCCACUCUUGUGAGGAUUUUGGAAGUGCUGCAGGGAAUUGCCGUAGGGUUGAUUGUUCGCUCUGCUAUUUGUGUCCAUUGUCAUUCUCUCUCAACCCUAGUCUUCCUUUACCCCCCCCCCCCCUUCCGACUUGUCUGAUCUUUUGUUUAGGUUGCGGAGAUAUCCAUUCUGCAUUUCUGUCAGGGAGCUUCAUACUUUCAAGACCGGGUUCUUGAUAUUCUGAUCUUUCUCAUCUCGCUCAUUUCAGAUGAGGUAUAACAGCAAAAAAGACAACCGCGAUUAAAUAAUUGGAGAUUUAGUCGUAAUUAUAAGGAUUACAGGAAACGAUUAGAGGGACAUGCAGUAGGGAGUUCAGCAUUGAGGACUGGAACUUGGAACACUGAUGAUUGUCCCUAUGGCCCGGCAAGUAGGCGUCAAUUCACAGACGGGAGGGCAUCUUCAAGAGCAUUCUGGAGAUCGGGCUUUGCGGCCUUCACCAAUGGAUCAGAGUGUGAAAGAGUCGUUGCACAAUGGCCCUUCCAGCAGGCGUCACUCGGUUUUAGCUUGGCAGCCAGGUGCUGAGGAAGGAUCCCCUUCAUCAAUGGAAAGUAUAGCUGUUGGUGAUCUAGUCUACCCCUCGACGGAAGGAUCUAUACCAACGUUUCAGAAACUGAGAGGGGCAGGAGCUCAUCUUACAGACAUGUCUCCGUUCUCAGAAGACGAGGAUGCUCUGGAUCUGACACAGGACGGCUCACCAAUGUCUCACAGCAGACGAAGGAAGCAUGCUGGUUAUCCACAGGCACAUUUAAAUGUGCUGACGAAUUUUAACGACGUGACGCCAGAUGAAUUAUCUACGCAUUCAGAAGAGUAUUCCUUCCAUCGCGUGAAAUUGUUGUGCAGUUAUGGUGGUAAAAUCUUACCAAGGCCGACAGAUAACCAGCUGCGUUACGUGGGAGGAGAAACCAGACUGAUUACAGUGAGUCGGGACAUCAGCUAUCAUGAACUGGUGCUGAAGAUGGGAGAAUUGUUUUCUCAUUUCCAUACUAUCAAAUACAAAUUACCGGAAGAAGAUCUGGAUGCGUUGGUUUCCGUUUCUUCGAAUGAAGAUCUUGCGAACAUGAUGGAAGAGUACGAUCGGCUUCAGGCAUCCGAAGCUUCUCCAAGACUGCGCAUCUUUCUUUUUUCUGACAUGGAUCAUGAUUCUGUGCAUCUCAAUGAGUCCUUGGGAGACCAGAGGAAUACCGAACAACGUUAUGUUGAUGCGGUUAAUGGUGUUUCUGAGAUAGGUUCUAGAAAGCAUUCAGGAGACGGAGGCUCGCUUGCAGUUGCGCCUGUUGUCCUCGACAGCUUGAUUGAUGUUGGUGGUGACCCUUGGAGCUUUAAUCGGCCACAAGAUAGUGUACCUGUGGCUUUGUUAGCACCUCAGAUAUCUCAGGAUGUUGCCUCCUUGAUCCACCAUGUGCCAGUUGCCUUACCUGUUUCCUCUAUCCCACCAGCAUCUGCUCCGUCCUCUGCUCCCUCAUCUCCUCCACUUCUACCUAGGGUUUUAAAACAGGCGGGCUUGAUACCUGAGAUGCGCCUUCCGUUCCACCCUGAUCAACAUCCCAACAUGAGCGGGCACCAAUAUAAUGUUGUUCAAGUAGAUGGAAAUGUUCUUGAGACAGAAAAUUACGGAGGUAAUUUGGUCACUGGUACAAACGUGCAUGAGCACGUAUAUAACACCUUGGAUAUGCAUAGAGGAUCCGAGUCUCCUAGGAUGAUUCAACACGAGGGUGAUUUUCUGGGCGGUCAACAGGAGCUUGCCGCCCGUGAUGAUUUACGUCGUCUUCCUGAGGUUCGUAUGCCCCGCGUGCCUUCUCAUGGUAAACUGACGCGCCUCUCUGAACAGCACUCGGAGGCGACUUCGUCUACCAGACAACGUCACAGCUACCAGCAGACGCAGCAAUCACAGCAACAGGGCGGUUGGCCGCCACACUUGUUCGAAGAUCAGUCGCAUUUAUACGGCAGACGGGUGGAGUACAUGCAGCCAACGAGCGAUGUGAUGGUGCAGCCGAUUGCGCCUAUGCAGCAGCAGCAACAACAACAACCUCACUUUAGGGUUCCUUUCCAAAACGUAUUGUCAGCUUCGCCUAUCGACCAGCCCAUAUAUCGACCAGUGGAACACCAUAGUCAAGUUCAGGGGGAGGAGGUUUUUGCUCCUUUCAUGCACCGGUCUGUGUCUGCAACUGUCUGCAACACAGUCGGUCCUCUUGGUUCCACAGCUGUAAGCUCUUACAAUGUUGGAGCAGGGUCUGCCCCGUCAUCUCCAAGGUUCCAUCCGCCGAACAUGCAGCCGCAAUCGCAGCUUCAGCAGGUUCUUCGUACGUAUGGUGCACCAAAUCAUGUGGAGCAGUCACAGCAGCAUAACCUUAGACACCAUACGCACAGUGAUGGCACAACUAGGUUGAGGCCUGCCACUUCACCUCCACGCUACAGGGAUCAUCUUGGACAAAGUGACGAUAGACUCCUUCGACCACUUCAGCAGCCAGUAAAUCUGAAUUCGGAUGCAAUUCAACAGGAAUUCUUUUUGUACGAUGAUCAUACCAAUGGACACGGUCAAUAUGCAGAAGGAGUAACUAGAGGCCAAGUCCCCCAGUACUUAGGCCACAAUCCAUUUCAAGAUGGCCCUAGCGGCUUUUCAGAGUCUAACUACUCAGAAAUACAAGAUGGCGGGGAUGGAAGGCGCCAGAGAGAGCGGAUUCCUCAGCAGUCGUACCAGUCCUCGCAUUUCAAUGCACGAGAGGACUUUCAAGACCACAAUAUUCCCUCAGCUGAGCCACUUACGGCACCCUCAAGGUUCCAGGACAAACCAAAAGAUUGGGUUGUACAACAACGUGGUCGUGAUGUGGAAGAGAUCAGGACUUGGCGUAGUGGGAGGGCACGUACAGGCCAGAAUGAACAUGGCAAUGAUGGUGGUGGUGCAGACUUGGAAGCACCUAGAGAAGGAUUUUUUCAUUCGCCUGAAGAUUCUGACGAUCUCCUUGCGAUGUCGGACUCCUACUUACACAAGAAUGGUGAGAUAGUAGAGUCACUGGGUGCAAGUAAUCAGCAUUCUAGGGGUACUGUGAGUCAGUCACAUGCAUUAACCACUCAUCCGUCCGCUCUUGGUCAAUCAGCUGUGGAUUUGCCCCAGGUUCCUUCAUUUGCUGGACGGAAAAACGAACCAGGAUUUUUCGCGGAGUCGCUGCCGAGAUCUGUGGAAGUUCUGCCAGUUCUUGAGGACAAACCUGCAGUAACAGAAGCGAGUCAUUUGCACUCUGAAACUUCGUUCAACCAAUUGGCGUCUCAAAAGGAUACGGAUGAUAAGGCAGCUGUUGGUGCCUACAAUAGUUUGGUCUCUCAUCUCUCUGGUACAUCAAGUACAAGACUCGGAAAUGCCGAGCCUACAAACCCUGCUGAACUGCGAUGGAGAGGUCUUAAUGAUGCGAAUGAGUCAAGGGUAGAGUCUUCCUUGCAAACACGUGAUGGGACUAAUAACCAGGACUGUUUUCAACGUUCAUCUGGUUCAGGAAUCACACAAGGUCGGCAAAGCGGGCAUUCAAGUGGAACUAGGAUGGAUGUUUCUGACGAGGUUGCCUUGCAGCGGUCGCAUACUAAUUCAAUCAUCGCUCAAGGCAAUGGCACGUUAGCGAAAGAGGAGAUUGGUUCAAGUACUUAUAGUUUUCAUAAUCUGGUUUUGACUAAUGGAAUGUCUCCACCCACAGCUCAGCUUUCAGUUUCAACAGCUCAAGCCCAGGUUAUGCAACCUGUGACGACCAGAGUGACAUCUUUCACCAUCCCCCCCCUUUCAAUUAAGGUUUCGACGGAGUUAUCCAUUCCCACCAUCCCAAGUGUAUCUGCCAACACAAGUGCCUCGGUGGGUACUUCUAUUACUGAGCAGGAAGCCACCUCUAUGGGUUCUCUGCUUUUUAAGCCAGGACCCAUAAUUCCAAGGAUAUCCGAAACUGACAUUAGUGGAUUGAUAGGGCAGAAUGCAGACCUUGGGAGGAAGGAUAAUAAACUUUUUACGUCACAGCUUUCUGCCGCCGGGCACCUUGCCGAGGACAUGGCAUCUUCAGUUCUAGUUAGCUCGACGCGGGAAAUGAUUGUACCCCUGCCGUCCACAAACAAUUUACGGGCAGAGGAUAAGGGAAAUUGGCUUCCUUAUUCUCAAGAUUCUACUGCUGUUAUUCCGUCCAAUCUUUGCCAUGCUCCCACCUUCGGUGCGUCUAACUGGGACGCUGUGCAGAACCUCAAUGAUGUUAGUGCUGAAGAUGAUGACGAUCCAACCGGUACUCCAGAUAUUAUAAUCCAGGAUAAAGAUUUGGAUUUUCACUCUCCUGCAAUAGCGGAGGAGGAGCCAACGAUUGAGGAGCCUGCUGCUGAGGCUGCAGCUUCUAAUCAUGAGGACUUGAAGAAGGGCUCCAGUAAUUCGGGCACUGCAGAGGACGCUGAAGCUGAAGCCAUCAGAAGUGGUCUGCAGACUAUCUUGAAUGCCGACCUCGAAGAAAUGCGGGAGCUUGGAUCUGGUACGUUUGGAACUGUGUAUCAUGGAAAAUGGAGAGGCACAGAUGUUGCUAUCAAGCGAAUCAAAGCCAGCUGUUUUGCUGGUCGGCCUGCAGAGAGAGAUCGUCUGAUUGCUGAUUUUUGGAGGGAGGCCUGCACAUUAAGUCAGUUACAUCAUCCUAAUGUGGUUGCAUUUUAUGGAGUAGUCCGUGAUGGUCCGGGAGGAACACUUGCAACAGUAACGGAGUUCAUGGUGAAUGGGUCACUGAAACAGGUUUUGCAGAAAAAAGACAGAACUAUUGAUCGCCGCAAGCGCUUGCUGAUAGCGAUGGAUGCAGCUUUUGGUAUGGAGUACCUUCACAGUAAGAACAUUGUGCACUUUGACUUGAAGUGUGAUAAUCUACUUGUUAACAUGAGAGACCCUCAUCGGCCUAUUUGUAAGGUUGGGGACUUAGGACUGUCAAAAGUGAAACAUCAAACCAUGGUGUCAGGUGGUGUCAGAGGGACUCUACCAUGGAUGGCACCAGAGCUGUUGAAUGGAAGCAGCACUCUGGUUACUGAGAAAGUAGAUGUGUUUUCCUUCGGAAUAGUUAUGUGGGAAUUGCUCACAGGAGAAGAGCCCUAUGCGAAUAUGCAUUACGGAGCUAUCAUAGGAGGGAUCGUUAACAAUACCUUGAGACCUGCAAUACCUACCUGGUGUGAUCCACUUUGGAAGUCGCUAAUGGAGAGAUGCUGGUCAGCGGAGACUGCGUCCAGGCCCAGCUUCUCUGAGGUCGCAAGUGAACUUCGGGUGAUGGCAGCAGCUCUUCAACCCAAAUCUCAUGCCUAGUGAAUGCAGGAAGCGGAUGUCAAUUCAACUAUAGGGUUAAGUAGGAAACUGAGAGUGACAAGAACUGGUAUCAACACCUUGAAGAUGUUCGCUGUUAUGGUAAAGUAAGCCUUGCACCCCUAUGUGUUGUUCUUUCUGAGACUGAAUUACAGUACACAAAUUUGUAAAGAUUCGCAGGCUGCACCAGUAAUUGUACCAAAGCAGCCAGUUAAACGGUAAUGUUGUGUAUAGGAGAAGAGUUGAGGGUUAUUGUACAAAAUGUUGGCAAGCAACCACUGAUGAAUUGGCAGUGGUCAAGUCUCGUUUUGGUAGAUUUUGCUAGAUAUCAUCAAUAUCAUGGAUAUUGUAAUUAGUUCAGGUGCUUAGUGAAUGAAUUUUUUGGCCUUCUGGGGUCCCCUCUAUUCGUGGCUGUCCUCAAAUUUUGUCAGUUCUCAUGUGGGGUCUGACGUAUAAUGUUGUUGGAUUGCUGGAUGUGUUGCUGCAUCAUGGAUGGGUAGAACCCAGUCAUCGAGAUCUUGCACCUCAGUUGUUUUCAUGUUUGAGUGCGUUGUUAGAGCCUUGUACUUUACGCAACUUGUAAACCUGGGCCGCACAUCCUUGAGGAAAUCAAUGCUUAAUAAAAUCUUUGUUUUACA